UUCACGGCAAGUAACCAAUUUCCCAGGACUUUUGUUUGUCAAGUUCACACAACUCACUAUCGCAGGCCGGGCCCCUCCCCUUCUGCCUGCAAAAGCUGAUUUGGGGGGGGUCCAAAUCGGGGAGGGUGGGCUGUUCCUGCCCGUGCAACGUUGCAACGCCAGGCUUGAGACGGGAGCCCUGCAGGUUGUUUGAACUGACACUCUGGAUGUUUGUUUUCCCACCCGCAGAGAGAGAGCUAGCCGGAGGGAGAGGCUUCCAGCGCCCCAGAGCCUGGCUUCCUCGCAAGGGGAGAGAAGGGAGGGAUAGCCGGAUAAUUACCAGCAAAAUAAGCAUUUUUCCCUACCUACGGCCUGCGCCCAAAACAAAACAAGCGUUUUGCAGAAGAAAGCCGAGCGGGUGCAGGACGGGGGAAGCUGGGCACUUCCUGGAUCUGAAAGAAGAGCUUGAACUGGAAGCCUCCUGGGGUUUCUGCCCUUGCAAAUCCUCUUCUUUGCAGCAGCCAGCGCUGGCUUGCUUGAGGGCUGCCUAAGUGGGGCUCUUCCACACACUCCCACACCCCCACAACUUGGCAAGCCUGCAAGGAACCGGCUGGAACAGGAAUCCAUGGCCGAAGAAAUUUUGGAGCAGUUGCCGCUGGCCGAAAAGGUGGCCGUGUGGGGCACCCUGGGAACCAUCCGCCCUCACCUGCAUUUUGAUGCAGCAAAAGAUGCCCAGACUUUCUUUGAGGUCAUCAGUGGGGAAGAUUUCGACUCUUCCUGGAGUACGUCUAACUCGUCUAACUCGAGGGGCAGGAGCAGAGUUUGCAAACUCCUGGUUUGGGGGCCUCGGCUGAAACCGGGACCCUCGGGUCCCCCCAAAGGGGUCAACUGCAGAGUCAUCAUUGACCUGCUGACCAGCCGGAGCAGCGAGCAUCGCCAGCAGAUUGCUGAAGCCUUCCUCGACUUCACCCAACAGGGCCUGUUGAAAACUCUGGAGGCGGUGAUGCCCAGCCGGUUUGAGACCAUUAUCAGGGCUCUGCUCCGACCGGCGGCUCAGAACGAUGCCCAUGAGAUCCAGGCAGGAUUGCAGAGUCUGGAGGUGGAAAGCCUGAUUGAAAUCGUCUCCACUCAAAGGACAAAACAGCUCCAGGAAACCUUGGCUUAUUAUAAACAAGAUUUCAAAUCGGACCUGGAAACAGAUAUCGCUUGUGGCACCACCGGUGGCUUUCAAGAACUGCUUCUUGCCUUGAUCAAGGGUGAGCGGGAACGCCAUUUGGGGUUGAUCGAUUACGUCUUGAUACGGCAAGAUUCAAAGGCCCUCGCCGAUGCGGCCGCUGGAGGCCUGGAGCAGAGCACGUGGGUCCGGAUCCUGGCUCAACGCAGCCCCGAGCAUUUGAGGAGAGUGUUCAGCUGGUACCAAGAGCUGACAGGAAACUCAGUUGAGGAAACUAUGGAGAAACAUUUCCAGGGAGACUUCCGGGAAGCAGGUUUAACGCUGGUUUCCCUCCUGAGAAACACACCGCUAUAUUUUGCCAUCAGGCUCCACUCGGCCAUUAAGGAAGGACACAAUCCCCGGACAGCUGUCCGAAUCAUGGUCUCCCGCAGCGAGACGGACCUUCUGAGCAUCCGCGCCGAGUUCAAGAGGCGCUAUGGGGUCUCGCUCUACUCCUUCAUUGAGAUGGAAACGCAAGACGAAUACCAGGCGGCUUUGCUCGGCUUGUGCAAGGCGGAAGAUCUGUGAGACUGGCUCCCAGCCAAGGAUCCUCUCUGUCCAGAGGCAGUCUACCUUAGGAGACCCCCCCCAGCACUUCCUUCCAGCAAAGCUGCCUCUCAAAGUUGCAAAGGAGCCCCUCCCCCCCCAAAGGCAGCUGCGGAAUUCAGCCUGACCAGUUGGACGGAUGUCCGCCUCUCUCCCAGCCCAAAUUCUUCCGAUGCUUUCCAGGGGCCUGAGUGUGUGUGUGUGUGUGGGGGGGGAGAUUUAGCCAUCUGCAAGUUUUAUCAGGUAUUUACAAAAAAAAAAAAAAAAAAAAAACUUCGGUCAAA